UAUUCCAAUUUCAUCAUGAAGCUUGGUUUUUUGUUGCAUUAUUUACUCAUUUGUACCAUUCCAAUUUUAUCAGGAAGCUUAGAGGGUGAGCAGAGUGCAAGCGGCAAGCAAGUGCACGCGCAAACGCAGGACGUGCAGCACGCGAACGGCGCGGGCAACGCGCGUCGCAAACAGCACAAGCAGCAGCAGCAACAGAUGCGCAACUCGGGCGGCGCAAGCAAACAGCCAACGAACUUCUCGCAUCCCUUGCUUAUGACGCAACUCAAGGGACAUGGCGGCGCUGUGCUCGACAUGGACUUCAGCCCGAAUGGCAGAUUCCUGGCCCACCUGUACGGUGCCAGCAGCGGCACAUCAAGUGGAAGUGAGGGGAACAAGGAGAACACCCCCUCCAAGACGGUUGGACUCUCCAGGCGUCAGAAGAAGAAUUAUCGCGGACGCCGUGAGGACAGCUCCUCACCCGGCACUACAGUGAAGAAGAAAUCUGUCACCAGUGGUCGACUCACCAAAAGUUUGCUCAACCACGACAUCAACAAACAGUAUGCCAAGCUUUGUUGGAAGGGCGUUUCCGGUGGGGACAUGUCAAUCAUUCAUCACUUGAAGAAGCAUGUCCUAAACCCCGAUGACCUCCUCUGGAUGGGAUACCCGGUGGAAAGCUCCACGUAUCCAGGCCACGCCAUCGUAUACAAACCAUCCUUGGACUACUCCAAGACCAUCCACAACACUCACCACUACAACAGGAGCAAAAGUCCAAUGAAGACAGCGGCCAGUGAGCAGUCCGAUCAACCCAUCAUGGGGUUUGAUGUGAACACAAGGGAAUUCGUGCCCAAAGUCGUCAACUAUGGGACAACACUUAUCAAACGGAACUCAGACCCAGACUUCAAGGCACAGAUUCCUGCAGCAACAUCCCCGAAGAAGAUGUGUGCCAAUGAGUGCCAAGCAGCAAGGAAGUGUGUCAGGUGUGGGAAGGAGUACUUUGUCUCUCAAGAUGGCAGCUAUUUGACCACAGAACAAUGUGUCUAUCACUGGGGCAAACUGCGGACUCAGUUCGAUCGCAACUCUUUAUAUGAGUGUUGCAAGGGGGAGCAAAAUACGAAAGGCUGCACCACGGGGAAACUACAUGUAUGGAAUGGGCUACAUGAGAACUGUUUCAAUCCUCUGCCUGGUUUCGUUAAGACUCGGCCCAGGAAGACACCUCUCCCGGAAAGUCUAGGUCUCAGUGUAUAUGCCAUCGACUGUGAGAUGUGCUACACCACACAAGGAUUUGAACUGGCAAGGAUCACCGUGGUGAGUUCUGAUGGGAGACUUGUGUAUGAUACCUAUGUCAGACCUGAGAACGAGGUAGUCGACUACAACACCCGCUUCUCCGGAAUCACGGCCAAUGAGAUCAACAAGCAGGGCGCGUCCAAGGUUCUCCGAGAGGUCCAGAACGAUUUGAUGGGUUUCAUCUACGCGGACACGAUCCUCAUUGGACAUGGCGUGGAGAACGAUCUAAUUGCUCUAAAAAUGAUACAUACUACGAUCAUUGACACUGCGUAUGUGUUCCCGCACUUCUUCGGAUUGCCUUAUAAGCGUUCGCUGAAGUCACUAGUGAAGUUCUGCCUGAAGCGUGAAAUUCAGAUGGAAGCGACUGGUCACGACAGCUUCGAGGAUGCCCGUUCGUGUCUCGAGCUGAUGCUGUGGAAAUUGCAAGAGGACCACGCCCAAUCGUCCGUCUUGUCGGCCAAUAGACUGUGAUAACUAACUUACUCUACUGCCAAACAUUGGGACAAUUCACUGCUCUUCAUCAUCCCACAUUUAAUUCCCUCUUGUGAUAAUCAACUAUUCCAAUUGUUUCUCCAACAUAUCACAUCAGUUUCACCUGUGUAUACUAAAAAAAAACAAUUCGACUGAAAAACUGUGUACAAGGUGGAACUAGUACUGAAGUCAUGUAAAAAUUACAACUAUAUAUCAUCAAUGUGCCUUUUCAGUUUCACUGUGACUUAGACUGUAAUCAUGUUAGAAUAAUAACUUCCAUUUUACUAUUAUUACAAUCAUAGUAAUGACAAAAUAUUGUCAAUACAAGUCGAUUCAUUGUUUUACUGUUACAAUCGUAAAAAUGACUUGAACUGACAAGAUUGUCACUCGUCGAAUCAUUUCACUGAAAUUGGCAAAAUAUUGUCAAUACAAGUUGAAUCAUUUCAUUGUUACAUUGACAAAUCAUUGUCAAUACAAGUCUAUUCAUUAUUUCUAUGACUAAAACUAUUGACAGAACUUUGCAGUUACAUUAUCGAGUGACAUGUUUGAAUAAUUGAAACCAGGAAUGAUGUUGAUAUUAAACCACGACUAUGGUCAAUUUCUUUCAACUUUCAAAACACACACUUGUAUCUUGGUACGAUUGUGUUUUUUAUAAGCUUAAACCUAAUCGAUUGUAGUCGAUGUAUAAUCUUAACAGUCUGCUAGGUUAGGAUUUUUCAAUUUUUGUACUAGGAAUCUUGUGUCACAAAUUGUAGCACAAUUUGCUCCUACAAAUCCAUCCAGUUUUGUAAUAAUUUCUCACUACUUUUGAUAAUUGUAGUGAUAUAUUGACUGAAUUUCAUUGUUCUAUCAUACAGCCAGACCAAAUAAUAUCGCACACUUUUCCAUUUUUCCUUUCAUAUUACUUAAUUUGUGUCGAUAUCUUAUUGAAAUUCACAAUCAUUACCACCAGAUUUACGUUGUGAUGAACGUUUUCUAUGAAUGAAUGUAGUUCCUAUGUAAUUGAAUAAGACUUGAUUGUUAUUGUCGGGUAGAAAUAUUUUGGUAAUAAUACUUUUCGUGUAUGAUACUGCUAUCUUACAAUGUAUUUAAUAUUUAUAAAUAUUAUUCAAAUUUUGAAUUACUGGGAAUAUUGCUUCGUAUUCCAUGACAUUCUGAAUAAUAUCCAUGUGGACGAAAUAUUGGUUACAGAACAGAGUAUUUAUUCAAAUAUUAGUGACUAGAAUUUUGUCUGACUUAUAAUAUUUGAAAUAAUCUAAUACUUCCAAUACCAGUCCAAUUAUUUCUACAAUCUACUUAUAAAAUAAUUUUAGAUAUAAGAAGCGUAUAUUUUUAAUGUUAAUCGAAUGAACAAAUUGAUUAAUCUAAUUGAAUUUGGUAAUUAAACUUUGGGUUUCCCAAAACUAAUGUCAGUAGGCUGUAACUAAACUCAUGAUAUAAUUUUGGUGUGUGUUAAUUUUAUGUAGGAUUCAAGAAUAUCGCAAGAUGAUCUCAUGAUAAAAACUUGAAAAUAAACGAAUAUAUUCUUAAAUCUUAUGUAGUAUCCACGAGUUUUAAUUUUCAUAAUAAUGGAUGGCUUUAUCGAGACAUAAAAUUUUAUCCAUUAGAGUAAAAUAAUCAUAAUAUUGUGUAAUUUGUAAACUAAAUAAUGUGUAGUCAUUCAAUUAUGAUUCUAAACUUUCUUAUUCAUUAUUUUCUAAGUUAUUGAUAUUGUUUGUAGAUUAAGUUUUGUAUUGUUUUUCUAUUACUGUUAGUCUGUUCUACCAAUAAUUGAUGUAUUGCAGCAAGUAAUUAACUUGAAUCAUACAAUAUUCGAAAGUAUUAUUAUCAAGAUGAGCCCUGUUUUUGUUUACAAGUGUUGUAUUAUUUUGAUCGUCUUUUCUACUGUCAAUGUAUCAACAAAUUUUUGAUAAAAAAUGUCGAAAACUGAUUGUGAUGAUAUAGGGAACAAUCGAAUUGAUAUGUGAGGAUGACUAUUAAAAUUGAAAUGUUCUAUGAGGUGCAAAAA